GUGCCGCUGCCGGGACGCGGCUGGGCGCGGCGGCGGCGGCCGGUGUCGGUGUGGGCGGCGCUGCACGGCGCGGCAGACGCGGCCCGGCCAUGGACGAGCAAGCGGGGCCCGGCGUUUUUUUCAGCAACAACAACAACAACAACGCGCUCCUGCUGCCGCCGCCGACGGGCGGGCCGGGGCUGGAGCCGGGCGAGGCGGCGGCGGCCGCGGCGGGAGGCGGCGGCGCGGGGGUCUCCUCCGGCGGAGUCGCCGCGCCGGUGUCGGCGUCGCGGGCUCAGUACAGCGUGCCGGGCAUCCUGCAUUUCCUGCAGCACGAGUGGGGCCGCUUCGAGGCGGAGCGCGCCGAGUGGGAGGCGGAGCGGGCGGAGCUGCAGGCCCAGAUCGCUUUCCUUCAAGGUGAAAGGAAGGGGCAAGAAAAUCUGAAGAAGGAUCUAGUGCGGAGAAUCAAAAUGCUGGAAUAUGCACUUAAACAAGAAAGGGCUAAAUAUCACAAAUUGAAAUACGGCACAGAAUUGAAUCAGGGAGAUAUGAAACCACCAAACUAUGAUUCUGAUGAAGGGAAUGAAACAGAGAUCCAGCCACAACAGAAUAGUCAGCUAAUAUGGAAACAAGGACGACAGCUGCUAAGACAGUAUCUACAAGAAGUGGGCUACACUGACACAAUAUUGGAUGUGAAGUCAAAACAAGUACGAGCUUUAUUGGGCCUCUCAAGUGAUGCUUCAGAGAAGGAAAACAGAAAUCAAGAACCUAUGGUAAAUGGCACAGAGGGCCAAAUUAAAGAAAACGCAAUGAUUGGGAAGCCAGAAUUGACUGACUCUGCCUCUCUGCUAGAGACCUUCAAGUUCCUCGAAAAUGCAGCUGCAGACUUUAGUGAUGAAGAAGAUGAGGAAGAUAUUGAAGGAAGAGAGAAAACAAUCAUUGAUAGCGCAACAAUUGUAAGGAAAAGAGUGCUGUCUGACAGUAGUGAAGACAGAGAUACAGAAGAAGCUCUGAAAGAAUUUGACUUUUUGGUUACAUCAGAUGAAGGUGAUGGGGAAUCAAGAAGUUCAGGAGAUGGAACAGACUGGGAAAAGGAAGACCAGUGUCUCAUGCCUGAAGCCUGGAAUGUCGACCAGGGAGUAAUAACCAAACUCAAGGAACAAUACAAAAAGGAGCGCAAGGGAAAAAAGGGGGUGAAGAGAAAAACUACCGAAGAUAUGUUUCAGCCUCAAUCCUAUAUAAAACAGUCAAAACAGGGAUGUGGGAAAAUGAUGGAGCAAAGUGCGGGGCCCAACAGGUCAAAGCUACAAGAUAUGCUUGCAAACUUGAGAGAUGUUGAUGAUCUCCCUUCAUUACAGCCAUCUGUUGCACCUUCUUCUAGGCCCAGUAGCUCAAGGCUCAUUGAACAUGAGAUAAACAGGACAGAUGAAGUGGAAGCUUUAACAUUCCCUCCUUCUUCAGGGAAAUCUUUCAUUAUGGGAACAGAUGAAACCCUUGAAAAUGAGCUGGGUCUUGGAGAGCUGGCUGGCCUCACAGUGGCCAAUGAGGCAGAUUCGCUGACUUAUGAUAUAGGAAACAAUACAGAUGCACUGAGAAAGACCUGGAACCCCAAAUUCACAUUAAGAAGCCACUUUGAUGGAAUAAGAGGCUUAGCUUUUCAUCCAGUUGAACCAGUACUAAUAACAGCUUCAGAGGACCAUACAUUAAAAAUGUGGAAUUUACAAAAAACAGCCCCAGCAAAAAAGAGUGCUUCUCUUGAUGUGGAGCCAAUAUAUACCUUCAGAGCACACAGUGGACCAGUGCUUUGUGUGGUGAUGAGCAGUAAUGGCGAACAGUGUUACAGUGGGGGAACUGAUGGCCUCAUCCAUGGCUGGAAUACAACAAAUCCAAACAUCGACCCCUAUGACUCUUAUGAUCCUUCUGUUCUAAGAGGUGCUUUUGUAGGCCAUACUGAUGCAGUGUGGGGUCUGGUUUACAGUGGCACACACCAGCGUUUGCUGUCCUGUUCUGCAGACGGCACUGUACGUUUAUGGAAAGCUACAGAAGUUGCUCCAGCUCUCAGUGUAUUUAAUGAUAAUCAAGAAAUGGGAAUCCCCUCCUCAGUUGAUCUUGUGAGCAGUGACCCAAGCCUCAUGGUAGCAUCCUUUAACACUGGACACACUAGCAUUUUUAACAUGGAGACACGGCAACGAAUUCUUACCCUGGAGUCUGGAGUAGAUAAUACGGUCAGUACUUCCUGUCAGAUAAACAGAGUCAUCAGCCAUCCGACUCUUCCAAUUAGUAUCACUGCUCAUGAAGACAGACACAUCAAAUUCUAUGACAACAAUACAGGAAAACUGAUCCACUCCAUGGUAGCUCACUUAGAUGCAGUUACAAGUUUAGCUGUUGAUCCUAAUGGCUUGUACUUGAUGUCUGGCAGUCAUGACUGUUCAAUUCGCUUAUGGAAUCUUGAAAGCAAGACCUGCAUCCAAGAAUUCACUGCUCAUCGCAAAAAAUUUGAUGAAUCCAUUCAUGAUGUGGCAUUCCACCCAUCCAAAUGUUAUAUUGCCAGUGCAGGAGCAGAUGCCCUGGCAAAAGUGUUUGUAUGACAGUGUGUUUCCCUUUCCAACUUUAGCUUUGUAUAUAUUUAACCAGCUGCACAAAAGAGAAGAGAAGGGCAUGAGUCUCCUGCCCAAUCAGAGAAUGUUUGUAAGUGUUUAGUUUUUGCAGGGUGCUGUUUUCUAAAUUGAAAUUUGUUCUGGUUUCUGUGAGCUCAGCUGGUGCUGAGAGCUUGGAAACUCUCAGUUUCAACUACUUUCAAAAAAUUAAAAAAAAAAAAAAAAGAAAAAAAAAAAAGGCAAUUUUAUUUCAGAGGAUGUGAAUUUUCGUCCAGGCAGGCCUUGGGUGAAAUUAGGUCUAUGUGUUCUCUAUUAUUAAGAUGGAGUACUGGAAAGAAAGAGUCUAAUUGCUUCAGGGAGAGAGGGAAAAGAGGGAAACUUCCUGAGAUGCUUCUUAUUGAGGAAUCUUGAUGUAUUUAAGAUUAAAUCACCUGGAAAAAGUGUCAGUUCAGAUGCUUGUUAUUGUGUCAUGUGAGAGGCACUUUGUCAUCCCUUAAUCCCUUUGGUAUUAACAAGUAGAUCACAUUCAGAGAGCAGUAGCUGAUACUUAAUCUCAGCCACCUGGCUGCUAGCCUAAGAUAAACGUGAAUAAAGGAAAGCAAAUUACUAACAUAAAUUGCAAUACAGAAAAGUUUUAUUAAAUAUUUGGUGUUAUAUGGCAAAUAUUUAGUUUGCAAAAAAAACUGUAUAAUAUUUUUUUUUAAUUGUAUUAGCAUGUGGCUAGAAGCUGAGCCUUUAGUCUAGUCCCAGUUAACAGCAGACUGAAGCAGUCUGUAUAUACUUUAGUAGCAGAUUAACUUAUUCAGAUUUAUAAUGCUGUUUAUUCUUGGAGAUCUGGCAUAAGAAAUCAUAAGAUUUCCCAAAGAAACUCUUAUAAUGUAAUUAUCAUAUGUUCAUCUCCUCCUCUUUUUGUUCCUGCUAAAAAAAGGUAUUGUUCUGGACAUCAUGUAACCAUGAAAUACUCCAGUUCUUUUGAAGAUCAAACCUAUACCUGAUGCUUUGUAUGAGUCCUACUAGCAUCAUAGGUGCCUGCACAAAGGUCGAUCUGUGUGAAAGUUUCUGCUACUUGUAGAGGCAUUUCCAGACUACAGCAUUUGUGGAGCUUUUCCACACGUGCUUCACUGGGCGUAUUGUGCCAUUAAUUAGGUUACCUGAAGAAGAAAUGCUUUUUAAAAUUGCUCAACAGAUGUAUUUUGUCUCAUUUUCAGAACUUCUCUGUUGAUUCAAGUGACAACCUUUAAACCAAAAUUUUUUGUCAAUUAAGCCCUUUUAUUCCUCCCUAUAAUGAAGGUGAGUGGAUUCUUUUCUGUUACGUGUCACCAUGAGAGCCCUUACUGCUCUUCAGUCUGAAGCUGGCAUUUUCCUCAAAUUUGGAAUGGAAGGCAGAAUUUAUUCUGCCUAUUAUUAGAUUAUUUCUGGUGCUGAUAUGAGUAGGAAAGAACCCAACACAUGCAAUCCUUUCCAAGACCAGCCUGAGGCUACGACUGGAAACUGAUCAUCUUUACCUUUACACUGACACUUUUUAAGAAGGAAUCAUUGAAAGAUAUCAACAUCGGAUUUGACCACGUUGUUCUUAGAGUGAUAUUUAGAGGUGGGACCACUUUUGAUGCUGAACUUAGAGUUUAGAUUAACUGUAUUAUUUAGAAUAAAAGGUUGACCUGUGCUGUUUAAGCCUGCAACACGUUGUAUUUACUGCUAAAGUAUCCUGGAAUACCUUUAUUUUUUUGCUCCGAAUAUUCAGAUAUGUCACUUCAUGAUACUGAUAUGCAAUGUAUUUCCAUAGGUAAGGUUAGAACUUUGACCAUGAAACAGAUGACUACGAUAGUGAUUCAGAUUUAGGUUUUAAAAAAUGUUUUGGUUAUGAUAAAAAUGGGGGGAAACUUGUCUGCAAAACUGAGCAUUCAACUUAGUGAGAGUUCUGUGUACUUGACUCAUAUUCUUUCAGUGUCAUUAUUUUAUUUCUUUUUGGAGAGGAAAAUACAAAGAUUUAUUUGAAAAAUUCUAAAAGCUAUGUAUAUUAUAUAUGUGUAUAUAUAUUGUAAACAUGUAUUAAAUAUGUCUAGUAAGGGAAGACUCUAUGGGUGCAUUUUAAUGUUUUAGUAUUAAGAAUUCUCUUGAGUUUGUGUAUACAAAGGAUAAUGGUGUGAGUAUGAAAUGAAUGUUGUGCUUUUGCUUACACAAUACAAUAUGUAGUUAAAGUUGUUUAAAUUGCUGUACAUAAAACAAAUAGGCCAGCAUGCUCGUUUUUAAAGACUGUCAUUCUGAUUACAAUUGGAAUGUAAGAAGUGGCUGUCCAAAUGUGAAUUGAAAGAUGUUUCCUUCUCACUAUCGAGCUUUUGCUCCAACUGAGAAGUGACUUUUUUUUUAAAGCUGGCAAUAGCUAGAGGAUGAGGUGCCUUUAAAAAACAAAACAAAACAAAUGUAGCCUUACAAAGAGGUUGUGGAGUAUAUAUUUUUGUGCUGGUCUUCAUAAUUGAUGUCAAUGUCUUUUUACUGUACUUGUUCACAUACUUGUAGGACUGCAGGGUAUUGUGCAUGAGCCUGUCAGAUCUUCUGAACGUCAUCAUAGGAGUUAGGGAUGAAAAAUUUAUUUAGGUUACCCAGUCCAUCUGUUCGCUCAAGCAGGAUUGUAGACUUGCGUAUUUUAAUAUUGUCUUGGCCAGUGAGGUUCUGUAUCUAUUCUAAAUGAUUAAUUUUUCUUCGGAAGAUUAUUUCACUGAUUGCUUCUCACUGACGGGAGGAUUUAUGUGACGUUUAGUGGUUCUUUUUUGUAACUUCAUGCCUGUAUUUCAAGCCAUAUUUUGUGCCAUUUUAAAUAUUCCUCAUCACCUUUGUAAUUUGGCGCCUUUGUGUAUGCACUAUCUCUAGCUGCAUAUUUCCCUUCUCCUUUCUCCAGGCUGUUUUUCAGACUGCUCUUUUUUCGCCACUUUUUCUUGUUUUCAGCUGGUGCCCAAAAUGCCUUUCCACUCACAGUGCUUUGUUGGACUUAGUCUGAAGGCAAUCUGUUAAAUGUGGAGGUUUUGGGGUUUUUUCCUCUCUACAUGGUACUUCUGUGUAGGAAGUCCAAGCAUUUUAGUCUAGCUGGUAUCUUUCAUACCCAAAUCUCAUUUCUGACAACUGUUUUCUGUAACUCAGCAUUGCUGCUGUUUCUUCUUCACUUUCAGUGUGUACUUUCAGUUCUUUUGCAGCUAGAUACUUAAUUCAUAACUUAUUUUUUAUAGGCUUUGUACUGCUGAUCUCUGAGGGAACUCUUUUCCAUUUUAUAAUGCAGUUCUUUGUGGUUCAGUAUAGUUGGUAACCUUCGUGAAUGUGAUAAACCCAUCUGAAGAUGCAAACAAAAUGGAAUUUAAUGGUUAUUCUUGGGAAAAAACAAACAAACAAAAAAAACCCAAAAAACACAACAUUUUGUGUGACACUGUGUAUUGCAUUUUACCACUGCCCUUUUUCAUGUAUUUAAUUGACAUGAUAAGUUUUUUAAUGGUUAACUUGUAGAAUUUUUUGUGUAUGUUAGCCUGUGCUACUGAUUCUGGUUCUGCUAACUAAUUUAAUGGGAGAAUCUGCAAUCCUUUCAUACAUUUAAAAUGAGUCCACUAGGUUCAAAUACUCUCACUUUUAUUUCUAAUUUAUUUCACUGCUGUAUGCUUUCCCUUUGAUCAUAUUUGAUUCAGUUGCCAAAACACUUGCAUAGAAUGACUUGGAAUAGCCUGGAGGAAGAUCAAGACAUAAUUUUGUUGUGGAAAAUAUCUCCUUCUCUCCAGAAAAAUCCGUGUUUUCCUAUUUGUUUUUUGUUGUUGUUGUUGUUUUGUGCCUCAGAGGAAAGUGUUUUGACAUACCAAAUAAAAGAUUUUGC